AUGACUCGAAAUGCUUUGUUCCUCCUAUGGGGCCUGGUAUCGCCGAUUCUGGGCGCAGUUCUGGGCACUCCGGAGCCUUUAUCCAAUUCUAUCAUCCAAAAGAGGGAUCUUUCUGGUUCUUCAUACGUCUGGCUGAACGACAACAUCGGUACUCCACGACACAUGGCUUCGGGCGUUUUACUAGGCAUCCCAAGCAACCCGGACCAGAUCCCCGACCACUGGCUAUCUGAUAUCAAAUUCUGGAAUAUGAGAUCUGGUGGUUCCCAGCUAGCUGACCCCCGCCGCGGAUGGACGCGAGGACUGAACGAAUUCAUGGGACGUUACGAGUACCUCAAGUCUGCUUACCAGGUGACACGAAGUCGUGGAGGAAACUUCCAGAUCAUGAUCCACGACAUGUGGGGGACUGAUUCGUACCCCAAUUUCGCCGAGACGCCGAUGCCAGGCGACGGCGGAAGCUAUCAAGACUUUGACAACUUCCUCGACACUUUAUUUGCUCUAUUGAAGCAGGAUGGCAUGGUCGACAACAUUUGGUGGGACCUUUGGAAUGAAAUAGACAAUGUUGACUUCCUUGAUCGCGGAAUCGAUAGAUGGCUAGAGUACUGCGGCCACGCCUAUUACAAGAUCAUGAGGGACUUUCCCAACGCCAAAGUCAUCGGGCCUUCGUACGGUCAUCUGCCAAACUUUUCGCACGGCGUCGAACACUAUUUCUCGCGAUGGGCUGAAUUCAUUAAAUCAAACAACUCCAUUCCAGAUCAGAUCAGUCUUCAUUUCCUCUACGGGAACGGGGACUUGACUACCUCAAUCAACAGUUAUCGCCAGUAUCUGAACGUUGCUGGUGUCGAUUUUCAAGGCACUUGGAACGUCCAGGAGUACGGCCACCCCGACCAGCAGGUUCCCUCCGGUCUCAUAUGGAACAUUGGUCAGCUAGAGCGACACAACGUGCCCGGUCUCCGUGCCAAUUGGCUGGGUGGUCAGGAACUCAACGACUAUCUGGCAUACCUCCUCGGAAAGGACAAGACCGGUGCCAACCAUGACAUGUACGACACUAGUUACCGUCCUGCUCGGGAGUACCCGGUGUACGUCUACUACGCCCAGAGCAUGACGGGGUAUCGUGUGCGAACCGAAAUGACAGAAGACACGCUUGUGGAUACGUACGCGACCGUGGACCCCAACCAGCGAGUUGUACGUAUCUUAGCUGGAUGUCGUCCAAAUACUGGCGUGUGGUUUGUCAGGAUCGGAGGAUUGAGCGCCCUCGGACUUCCUGAGUCCGGGUCACUGCCCCUAUCAAGGCUAUCCGGUUCAACACGGCCCCAGGUGUCAGAGGCCUCCCGGAUAGGGGCUAGUUAGAGGUAGUAAGGAGUCCAAGCA